AUGACAUUUCGGGCUAGAAAGGAUGUAUGGGUCAUUUUGACCAGUCAUUCCCUCGCUUUGGCAUCCCACAAUUUUUACGCCUCCCUCAAAAAGAGAUCUGAGAUGAUGGAAAGAAUAAGAAAAGAGAUGAUCCUGAUGGAAAGAGGGCUGCACAGCCCUACAGCUGGCAAAAGGCUCUCGAAUUUGUCAGACUCAGCUGGAAAUGCGGUGCUGGAGGCCCUUGAAAAUUCUCAGCACAGUGGUCGCCUCAGCCCGAGACUAACUUCCGCCUCUCUGCAUAGCGCUAUAGGGGACAUCUCUGCCAAAGGCAAAUUUGAAAUAGACACUUUAUUCAAUCUUCAACAUCCGAGCAGUGAAAAUACCGUCUCGUCCGAAAUCCCUUCGUCGGAAAGCAGGAAGAAAAUUAGCCUUUAUUCCGAAGUUGCUCAAGAGGCAGAUAUGAACAGUGAUGUGGAGGUGGGCUGCUCCGCGCUCCGCUCCCCAGCUAGCCUGACUUCCUCCCAGCUGAAGGAAAACAAUAACAAAGGUAACUCUUCGUUUAUCAUCUCCAUCUAA